UCCUUCUGCCAGGAUUUGUUAGUUUGCUGUACUAGUUCUUUUUCAGAAUGGAAGUACGCGAGGCUGUUUGGAAUGACUUGCAACCAGAACACGGACUGCUACAACAAUAUGUACUGCCCUGCAGGAACGUGUCAGUGCAUCCCGGGCUACAUAGAACAUAACUCGUUCUGCUACCGACGUAAGGACCUGCCAGACGGCUUCUGCGAAAUCGAUCAGCAGUGCAGUGCUACAUGGAAUGGAGCAACAUGUGUUGCCGGCACCUGUAAAUGUCCCGGGAACGAAGUACCUCUAUCGCUACCUUACGGGACAACCGUUUGUCACGUACCGGGUAAUGAAUUGAAUUUGACCGAGGCCGCCGACAAGACCCUGCCUACCAACGUUGUGCGUUACUGGUUUAACAAAGCUCAAGGUCGAUGUGAACCAUUUCUAUUCGACGACAACGUUCAGCACACGACAGCCAACAACUUCAACAGUCAAGAAGAAUGUCUGAGUGCCUGUUUACCAAGUACGCCCAUUUCGGCAUCAAUUUUUUCUGCUGUCCUAAAGCAGGCACGUGCAAGGAAAAAACAUCUUACAGGUGAAUUAAAUAGUCGAAAUUUAGAACUGAUUUGUGCUCAACCCAAGGAGAAGGGAAUCGAAGUGCAGAACGUUCCUCUCGUUACCCGCUAUUAUUUCGACAAAGCAAGUCAGCGUUGCGAGUCGUUUCAGUACACGUCAUUCGGCGGUAAUUUCAACAAUUUCGUUUCGUUCAGCGAGUGCCAAAGAACAUGUCUUGGGAAAGUUUGUCCUCAUGGAAAGCCGCUCGGCAACACACAGGGCAGCACACCAUGCUCAGCCGGUUCUCCCUGUCCUGUUGGAUACGAAUGCAUCGUCGGGAAGGGUGUCUGCUGUCCAACCAAAGAGGUCGUCUGUACCCAGCCCAAAGCGACAGGUGCUUGCCAGGCUCAACAACUGCGUUACUGGUACAAUCCGCAGACGCAGAACUGCAUGCCAUUCUAUUACAGCGGCUGUCAAGGAAACGACAACAACUUCGAGAAUCUGCAGUCGUGCCUGACGUUUUGUCAAGGGGUUUUCCCCAAGCCCGUGUGUCCUCAAGGAACGGCCUUGAUGCAGUCCAACUCAUAUGUCUACUGUUCACCAGGCACAUUGUCUAAUUGCCCAGUCAACUACGAAUGCUAUUUCGACGGCCAAGUAUACGGCUGUUGUCCAAAGAAAGAGUACACGUGCAACUCGCACUUCGACGCCGGUGUCUUUUGCAUUGCGCAGGUACAAAGGUGGUGGUUCAACCCGGCCACGCAAAUGUGUAUGCCAUUCAUAUACAACGGCUGCGGCGGAAACAGCAAUCGGUUCGAUUCACGAGAGCGAUGUGAGUCAUACUGCGGUUCUCUUGGGUGUCCAUUCAGCCAGUCGCUGUCCAUCAGUUUACCGAUGCAGAAGCAGCCAUGCAUGUCCGGCAGCGAGUGCGCCAACGGCUAUGAAUGCACGGGCACGUCUCCGAAGCAGGGCUCACUUUCACGGUUUUGCUGCCCAACGUUCAUCUGCUCCAUGGGCCCUGAAAAAGGCAAAAGUUGUACUGGAAACCAACUUUUGGUGACCAGGUACUACUUCGAUGCAACGACCAGACAGUGCACGAGUUUCCUUUACGCCGGCUGCGAUGGCAACGCAAACAAUUUCCUGACCUCUCAGGAAUGCAACAACUUUUGUCAGGCCGCAGGAGAGGGAACCACUGUCGAUCCGCAGACGCACGAAAUCGCUGCCUGCCAGUCGUCGAUGGCGCCCUGUCGAACAGGUUUUACCUGCCGGCCGAAUCCACUGACGGGCAAAUCCAUUUGUUGCGGUUCAACGGACAUGGGUAUGUCUAAACUUAAAACUUCUUGUGGUAUUUCAAACAGCAUUUGCACGGUGCAGAACAUUCAGAGGAGUAUAUUGUAG